AUGAUGGGAGUUUUUUAAAAUUUGAAUGUGAUAUUAAUAGAAUUAACAAAGAAGAUUCUAUCAUAUCAGGUAAUAAGCAAUAGACUAUCUAGUUUCAGAUUAAAGAGAGUAAAUAAUGGAAGUAAUUAGAUAUUAUCGAAUAAUACAAGGUAUUAUUAUUAUAUUUGUUAUUAAUUUAAUUAUUGUCAUGCAGAAUUGAUAACUUAAUAGUAAUCAUCUCAUAAAAUAUUAUGAAAGAAUGGAAUACUAUUUAAAAAGUAACAGUAAAUAAUUAUGUGUUUAGCUUGUGUUGAUUCUAUAUCGAAAUAUAGAACUUAUAAAGCAAAAUACGAGAGUAAUAAUAGCAAAAUAAAAUCAAAAAAUAUGCAUAAAUUUGCAUACUUUAUACCGAUAAAUCAGUUGUGAUAUAUGA